CUUUAGUUACUACCGGACUUCACCUCUCGGACAAGGCGUUCAAGUUUCUUUCUAAAUGGUUCAUAGUUACGCCGUAAAUUCGUGUGUCUUUGUACUGGGACUUCUGUUUACCCUCUGGUUUAUGGGGGAAGAAGAGCAUGUUAUCUAUAGUGGAUUUUCUACAAAGACUGCUUACCGUUAUUGCAGCCUACAACCAUUUGUAGACAGAGCUUCUGAAUUCGUGGACGAAAAUUGUCAGCUUGUGCACGUCAACGUUCUCUUCAGGCAUGGGACUCGAGCGCCCUCCGGGGAUGAUGUGGUUGGAUUUGAGGAACUUCACGCUCGCUUGGUUUCAAGUACGGGAGCUGCUCUCCCAUCCGGGUUUGAAAAGCACCCCAUUCCGUUCCUAAAUUGCUCAGAUCGACAGCUGUUACCAAUGGGCGUCCAUGAGAUGUAUACACUUGGCCGCACGUUCCGCGAACAAUCGUCAAGUUUCUUCAACUUCACUCCGUCUAAUUCGCGGUUUUUCACCAGCUCUUCUACUCGAGCAAUUGCCAGCGGUCAAUCGUUCUACAAUGGACUUUUCAACUUGUCUCCUCCGGAUCCCGGUACAUCGUAUUUUGCACUGCCUUCAUUAAAGUUCAAAAAUGGCUUUGGACAAAGCAACGACCUGUUAAAGGUGGACGACAAGCUCUUACGGUUUUUUGACUAUUGUGAUCGAUAUGUCAAAGAAAUCGUGCAUAACAAGUCGACGCUUUACGAAUAUACUGCGUUCAAGAAUGGGCCAGAAAUGCAACACGUAUUGAUGGACAUAAUCUCUCAACAUCGGUUAAAUGAAAGCACCUUUAUCAGAGAUGACAUAUACACAAUAUUUCUAGCCUGUGCGUAUGAGGUCGCUGCCUACUCCGAUUCAGACCCGAUGUCCCCUUGGUGUGGUUUCCUGAAACCGGCUCAUCAAGAAGUGUUGGAAUAUUUGGUGGAUUUGAAGCAGUUUUGGCGCAAGUCUUACGGGUAUGAUUUGAAUUAUGUCCAAUCCUGUCCACUUGUGAACGAAAUGGUCUCCCAAGUUAAAGAGGCUGCCGAGCAAUUCAAAUCACACCGCUUUGAUCAGCAAGAUGUGAAUUUGCAUCGCGGCACCUUUUGGUUCGGACAUGCCGAAACCGUCAUGCCCGUGGUUUCCGCAUUGGGUUUAUUCAAUGACUCUAUUGGAGCGACUACUCUGCAGAAGCUGCACGCAGAUGGUUUCGAAAUCUGGCGGAAAAAAUUACAUUCGAAACCGCAGCCACCAACCAUGUUUCGUAGUGGCCACAUUGCUCCAUUCGCUGGCAAUGUGGCCUUAUAUCUUUAUCACUGCCCAGAUUCAGCUGAUUCUUCUGAUCCUUAUGGUGGAUUCCGUGUACAACCACGAGUCAACGGUCAAACAGUAGCCUGGCCCAUUGGUUCCCCGGUUCAACCUCCUACUAGUCAAUUUCCUGGGUCCACCAGUGCUCCAUUAUCUGCCUUGCUCCGCUAUCUAUCUGACUGCGCACCAGAGGUCUACAGCGACGAAAAAGUGUGCCACCUGAAAACUCGCGUACCAGCCCCUCUGCCCACGACACACCAUCAUGCGCGCGUGCACAAUCCGUUCCCGCAUCUACUGUGCUUCGAAUGUUCUGGCCCAUCGACAGACCUCGUCACUCCUAAUGUGAUGUUCCCAUCAUGCACCAGACAUGGUCCGAAGGCAGCGAUCUACAAAAGCAGACUGUCUUUGGUUAUCUUUUGCACACGUACCGUGGCAUUACAAGCUCGGCCUUUUGGAGAGAAACUGUGCUAUCACCAGUGGUUGGUAAUCCCUACUUGAGCUUUAGUAGCCCACGAAGUGGCCUAUUCCUCUGAGCUGCCGGUGCCAAGGCGGCUCACAAUCGUCUUCAAUGAGUAGGCUGAGCUAGUAGGAGCAGGAUCAGCCUUCAUUCCGUAUUGCCGGAAAAUUACGCUUUAGUGGGGCCAAGGUCAUUCCGGGCUGCGAAAUGGACGUUUACCUGCGCAGCAACUUACGAGGAAUCAACUAUCUUAACACCUCCACAGUUGACCACCUCUAAGUUGAUUGUUUUUCAUAUCUUGAACCCUUUAGAGUCCAAAGAGAACUUUACUUUUUCAACCAAACUGGAUUACCUAUUUGCGGACAUAAUGUUUGUAUUUCCAGACCCUUCAUUUAUCUCCCUACAGAAAUUUACACAUGUUCGCUUUGAACACUUGCUAUGUGUGGAAUUCCCCUGACUUACAACCGCUGCAUUUUACGACUUCGUUGACGAUGCAGCCUGUUCCCAGUUUGUGUAUGUACUUGUUCAUUUGCUUCCGCCCCGGAGUGUUUACGCGCAUGGGUGUUUACCUCGUACAAUAUGUUCCCACAUAUCCGCAUCCCUAGAUUGACCCUCACCAUUUUUAUGUUAACCCUUUCCUCACGCAGGCCCGCAUCACGCCUAUACUUUGUAACAUGUGCCAACUCAAUUGCACAAGUCGCUAUAAGGAGUUUGAGUGCCUGUCUAGUUGCCGACUAACGAGUCCUAAACCAAUGUGUUCAGUUACCUUUAUGAUACGAAAACGCGGACGAGUGAUUUUUCUAAACAACGGGUUUUAUAUUGA